CGGUACUCUAGCUUGCCUUCACCUCAAGAAUUUCAGAAAACAAAAACCAUUGAGAGAGAGAAAGAGAGAGGUCUGACUGUGACUUUAAACGGAGAUGGAGACUCGGACGCUUUCUAGAAUUGAUCUCCAGUCCAAACCACCAUUUCCUUUCUCCCUCAAUGCACCUAUGGAUUUCCCGGACCUCUGCUCUCCGGUGUGCCGGAGCUCCGAAGUGCCUCAAUCUCCAGCCCUAGAUUCCCCUGAAACCGCUGUUGAUUUCUUGAAAUGCGCUACCUCCGAGAAGAACUAUGUUUCGCUACCGUCGGACGAGUCAUUUCCUGACGGCCACGGAAUCGGCGGCCUCGAGUCUCCGAACCGUUUGACUUCCGACUCGAAGUCGACCGCUGCGAUGAGCCCGACGGGUGGCGUCCUUGCGUUUCCUGUGUCGAGUACUGCAGCCGUGAAGCUGCAGAAGGUUUAUAGGAGUUACCGUACCCGGCGCAGGUUAGCGGAUUCCGCCGUGGUGGCCGAGGAGCUCUGGUGGCAAGCGAUUGACUUCGCUAGACUCAAUCACAGUACUAUUUCGUUCUUCAAUUACGAUAAACCGGAGACUGCGGCUUCGCGAUUGAAGCGAGUAGGCUUGAACGCUUCAAAGGUAGGGAAGGGAUUGUCCAAAGAUGCCAAAGCACGAAAAUUGGCUUUUCAGCACUGGAUUGAAGCUAUUGAUCCACGGCAUCGAUAUGGGCAUAACUUGCAUAAAUACUAUGAUGUGUGGUGUAAAACAUAUGCAGGCCAGCCGUUCUUCUACUGGCUAGAUAUUGGAGAUGGGAAAGAGGUUGAUCUUGAAGAAUGUCCAAGAUCAAAGCUACGACAACAGUGCAUUAAGUAUCUUGGACCUCAAGAGAGAAAACUUUAUGAAUAUGUCGUGGUCAAAGGGAAAAUUGUCCACAAACAAACUGGACAUCUUUUAGACACAAACCAAGAUUCAGUAAAGGUCAAAUGGAUAUUUUCUAUGGACACCUCCAAGAAACUGUAUGCUGGUGAGAAAAAGAAAGGAAGAUUCCAUCAUUCCAGCUUCCUUGCUGGGGGAGCUACUUUAGCUGCUGGUAGGCUUGUGGCAGAUGAGGGAACACUUAAGUCAAUCUCCCCAUACAGUGGACAUUACCGCCCAACUGAAGACAGCCUUGGCAGUUUUGUGUCAUUCCUCGAGGAAAAUGGAGUCAACAUGGAUGAAGUUCAGAUAUUAACGGCAAAUGAAGAUUACGACAACUAUGAAGAAGGCAAAUUGAAUGCAAGUGAAACCGCGACAAAAUUAGAACUGCAACAUGAAAGGACCAAAGAAGAAGAAGAAACAGACCCAUCCCCACAACUGGCCAAAGCUUCCGAAACCCAAACCAAAACCGAAACUGAAACCAGAAGCACAUACAAAAGGACUUUAUCCGGUGGGCUUCAGAGCCCCAAAGCUGAGGUGCCCAAGAAUGCAAUACUGCAGAGGAUCAAUUCGAAGAAGGCAGCAAGCUCAUACCAGCUGGGACAUCAACUUACAAUGAAAUGGUCAACGGGGGCUGGCCCAAGAAUCGGCUGCGUGGCCGAUUACCCUAAAGAAUUGAGGAUACAGGCACUGGAGUUUGUGAACCUCUCCCCAAGAGCUCAACUCUCGCCGCCAUCGGGCUGUGGGUGGAACAGUACUGGCAGUCUUGCAUCACCUUCAGCUCUUCCGGGGGUGGAUAAUGUUGCUGCAGCUGGUGUCUGACCUUCCCCCUCACUCUGCAAUUUCUCAUGCUUCCAGUCGUGUGGAAGCUUAGGUGAAUAAUAGUAAAUUUCUCAAAGCCUUUUUGGAUCUUCAGAAUGCAAGUGGCAUUACCUUUCGGCUAGUUAGUAAUUACAUAUAGUAUCUAGAAAUAAUGACCGUAACAUCUAGAAAUUAGGUCAUUAGCUUUCUCCCAAUCUCUUGAAGUUGUGUUAGGAGGUUGCAAUUGCUUGCGACUAAUAAAAUUUGACCUUUUUUCCUUCCAAAAGAGGAAAGGAGACCUC